GAUUCUCCGCAAUGGGUAAACGAAGGUUUAAUGAAAAAGGUCGCCAAAAGGUGGAAACCGUUAUCGAUGAUUCAGAAACGAAAAAGAUCAAGCUAGAUUUCGCACCAGACAAUGAGUACGGCGGACAGGAUGAUGCGAAUGCGUUAGUACUACCGUCGAAGAAGCGCGCCACCAAAAUCAAGAAAGAUCGUACGGUAGUUACAAAAAUCCUAUCGAAAAAGCAACGCAAACGGUUGGAGAAGAUUGUCGAUCAGAAAAAGAAGAAAGAAAAUCGUUCGUCGUUGCUCGCCUCGCUGAUCGCUGUACAAGCAUCGCAGGAGGAACUGAGUGGAUUUCGCAAGCUGAGCGAGGUGCAGACGAAAGGUCUUAAGCAACAUUUUAAGGAACAGAAGUAUGGUGUUACUUUGGUGGAGAAACCUGUGAAGCAUGCGAAAACACCCGGAGUGGCGAAGAUAAAAAGUUUGGUCGGUAGUCGACGGAAGCGAUUGGCACUGUUGCGUCAAGCGGGACCAACAGUCGGGGAGGAAGGUGCGGAUGAAGAGCAUGAUCGAAAUGUGAUUGGUUUGAAUGAUCCGUCUUCAUCGUCGUCGAGCGAGGAUGAAUCGGAUGUACCUUCGGAAAAGGAAGAAGAGAUGCCCGAGGAGGAAAAAAGAGGUGAAAGCAAUGAAGUCGAGCGAAUGGAAAAACCUACAGAAGAGCCUUCAGAACCAUCAAAGAGUGAAGAAGCAAAAAAACCUUUACCAGAUGUUCCGACACCGCCUAAUCCAGAAGCCCCCGUAGUUGUGGAUCGAAAGCCAGCCGUUUAUAUUCACGUGGAUCGUGACCCGAAAAUUCAAACCGAUCGGUUAAAACUGCCAAUUCUCGGCGAGGAACAGGUAAUAAUGGAGACGAUAAGUGAGAACAAAAUAACGAUUCUGGCCGGUGAAACGGGAAGUGGCAAAACGACACAAAUACCUCAAUUCCUAUACGAAGCCGGUUACGGUGAGCGGGGCCUUAUUGGAAUAACGGAACCACGCCGUGUGGCCGCCGUAUCCAUGUCGAAACGUGUGGCAAUGGAAAUGAAUCUGUCCACCGAUGUAGUUUCCUACCUUAUCCGGUACGAAGGUAACGUGACGGACAGGACCAAAAUCAAGUUCAUGACGGACGGUGUACUGUUGAAAGAGAUCGAGGUAGAUUUUCUGCUCAGCAAGUACUCGUGCAUCAUACUGGACGAAGCUCACGAACGGAGCGUAUACACGGACAUCCUAAUGGGACUUCUAUCGCGCAUUGUUCGGUUGCGUGAAAAACGUGGCAAUAAUCCACUGCGGGUCAUCAUCAUGUCGGCCACGCUGCGGGUGCAAGAUUUUACCGAAAACAAAAAGCUGUUCCUAGACACACCACCCGUGAUCAGUAUCGAUUCGCGUCAGUUCCCGGUUACGGUACACUUUAACAGAACUACACCGACCGAUUAUUUGCGGGAAGCUUUCCUGAAGACGGUAAAAAUACACACGAAACUACCGGAUGGAGGCAUACUGGUGUUUCUUACCGGUCAGAAGGAAGUUAACACGAUGGUACGCAAGCUGCGCAAGAUGUUUCCGUGUCAUGCUGGGAAGGAAGGUGUCACCGAGAAGAAGAAGGAAGAAGGGAAGGAGGACGCCGAGGAAGAGAAAGAUGAAGACGAAGAGUUUGAUAGCAUCUAUCGUGGGAAGAAGGCACACAAAGGGACGAAACCAAAGUCGGAAAAGAAACGGAAGCGUGGUAGUGGCGUAACGGUUCCAGUUUUGCCGCAAAUUAAUCUGGACACUUACGAUCUUCCCCAUGUAGACGAUACGGAGGGUGAUCUAGCGGAGGAAAACGAUAGCGACAGUGAGUUGGAGGACGAGUCGGAAGAUGAGCUUGAUGUGGAUAAUCUUGACACGGGUGUGUCCGCACUAAGGAAGAGUCAACCACUGUGGGUCCUGCCACUCUACUCGAUGCUCUCCCCAGACAAGCAGCAACGAAUUUUUCAAACCCCACCGGAAGGUGCUCGUUUGUGCGUGAUAGCGACAAACGUGGCCGAAACGUCUCUUACAAUUCCGGACAUUAAGUACGUGGUCGACACGGGCCGGCAGAAAACCAAACUGUAUGACAAAACGACCGGCGUAACCGCAUUCGUCGUAACGUACACGAGCAAAGCAUCCGCCAAUCAGCGAGCUGGACGUGCCGGUCGUGUCGCACCCGGCCACUGCUAUCGCCUUUACUCCAGUGCCGUUUACAACUACGAGUUUGUAGAUUUUGCUCCACCGGAAGUGCAGCAAAAACCGGUCGAUGGGCUAGUGCUGCAGAUGAAGUGUAUGGGCAUCGACAAGGUGACAAACUUCCCAUUUCCAUCACCACCCGAUCCGAUACAGCUAAAGUCGGCGGAAUUACGUUUGCUGCAGCUAGGAGCAUUGGAAGAAAUAAUUGUCCGUGCUCCGGAAGGCAGCGGUAAGGUGCAAAAGAAUCAGACGUUAACACGCGUUACCGAAUUGGGUCGUACAAUGGCGGCAUUUCCGGUAGCACCAAGGUUUGGGAAAAUUCUGGCUCUAAGCCACCAGCACUCGCUACUUCCGUACGCGAUCUGUCUCGUUGCAGCAUUGUCCGUACAGGAAGUGCUGGAAGAAGUGUCGCUCUCGGAGGCGGACAAUAAUACGGAGGCUGGCAAACGAUGGCGACAGAAGAGGAAACUUUGGGCCGGUACGGGAGAAUCCCUGCUCCUAGGUGAUCCGAUGAUACUGCUAAAAGCGGUCGGAGCAGCAGAACAUGCCAACAGUAAAGGAUUGUUGGAAGAGUUUUGCACGGAAAAUGGUAUCCGUUUGAAAGCAAUCCGGGAGAUUCGAAAAUUGCGUAUCCAACUCACAAACGAGGUGAACGCCAAUCUGCUCGAUAUGAAUCUAACAGUCGAUCCGGACAUGCCACCACCGACGGCCACGCAAAUACGUCUGCUCCGGCAGCUUCUCCUGAUCGGUAUGGCUGAUCAGAUCGCACGCAAGCUUCCGGAGAGUGAAAUUAAGCUUAAAGCGGACGCACGAAGACUUAAACACGCGUACAAUCUACCGAUGAUCGAUGAGCCCGUCUUUCUACACUCCAGCUCCGUCCUACGGCGGGAAACACCCGAAUGGAUUUGCUAUCAGGAAGCGUACGAAGCGAUCGUACCGACGGGUGAAGCGGGCGAGGAGGACAAUAAAACGAAACUGUUUCUCCGUGGCAUUACCGCCAUCGAGCCGGACUGGUUGCCCAAGUUUGUGCCGAACGUGUGCAACAUGAUCGAUGUGCUGGAGGAACCGAUUCCCCCUUCCUACAACGCAGAAAACGAUACGAUCGAGUGUCACGUAAAGACGACGAUCGGCAAAACGAGCUGGGAGAUUGCGAACGCGCUGGUAGAGAUGCCCAAAAAUAUACUUCGAUGCAAAUAUCUUUUAAAAUUUAUUCUAGCAGGACUCAUCUUCAAGCAGCUGAAACAGUUCCGGAAAUCGUUGCUUUCCUCGCCGGAAUCGGUACUGAAGCAGUACUCUUCGGCCGUCCCACGAAUCGAUGCCGCAUUGAAACUGAUGCUGGCAAAUGAAAUAUUUAACGCGCAACGUUUCCAUCAGCUCUGGAAAUCGGAUCCAAAGUUUUUCCUUACGGAAUAUUGUGACUUUCUGCCAGUUUCGUGUCAUGAGGAUGUGGCCAGUCUAUGGCCCCCUUUGGAGAAUUAA